GUGUCCCUUCUCUCCCUUUCUCCGCAUGCCAGACAUCCGCAUUGCCAUUGGAUGGGAAUUUCCCUCCUCCCCUUCAGCCCCGUCACCCCCCCACUCUCGAUGCUGCGGCCCCCACCACUCCACACCACGGGGCAGCGCGUAUUCAACAUGAUGGACGGCUCCGACGAGGCCGAGCAACGUCGCCUCCGACGAGCUGUUUCCCCCCCACCAGCUACCUUUUGCCGCGUGUGGGGCCUGGAAGCGACGGAGAAGCAGCCACUCGGGAAAAGAGUAUUCCCUCAGGGUCCGGGCAAGACCCUCUCCGGCCUUCUCCUGGACCCCCACCCGACAAGAGCGCCUCCGCUGCCCGACCGCUCGCCGCGAGAGGUCGGGAAGACCAGCCGAGUAAGGCCGACAGAUUGACGGGCGAGAGAGAAAGGGAUGCACAAGUCGGUCGGUCAAAUGAUGAGCACUCUCGUUGCAUGCCAUGGCUGUGUUUGGGUGAGCUGCAGGUGAAAGACAGGCCGUACGCCAGCUCUCGGACGGACAUCACCCUGAGCCGCGACGCCCCGACGACGAGCACCGGCCACGGCAAAAACGCCUCCGGCAAACGUCUGUGGUCGAGAAAAGCCGAUUUCGGCACUCGCUACAUGAUGGACAACUCCAAGAACCGUCCCAAGCCCAAAUAUACCAAGGUCCGCGAGACAGAUCGGCUCACGAGAUGCCAGUAAUGAUUGCAGGGAGGGCGUGGCGUCUGUGUGUGUGGGUGUCUGCUGGUUACUUGACUGCAGCAUAAGGCCAACAAGAACAAGACAACCAACCUCAAGAUGGGGACGCUCAUACCGGUGCGUCUGACAGUGAGAUGUGGAGACAGACAAUCCAUCCAUGUAUGUUUCUCUGUAAGCAAGCUGUGCAUGCAUUGCGAUGCGUGGUUGGUGCAGGAGAAGAAACAGGACAACUGGGAGGAAACCAUACGCCAAGAGAAGUUUGACAAGGUAGGUGGGCCGAAGAGAAACGUUCAUCGGUGGGCCGUCUACGAGUCUGUCAUGUCCUGCCUGCAGAAACGGGAUCUGCCUGCAAGCCGCCAGCAUGUGCCCUACAUCUUGCAAGGGGCAGCAGACUCCUCGGCAUCGGCCAAGAAACCCGAUCAGCAACCGAGGUCCGCCGGCACACACACACAUAAUGAGAGUAGCCUCCCACUGCCUCACCGGCACUCUCAUCUGUGCGUGCAGCAGCAGCGGUCGCCAGCAGCAGCGACGCGGCGCCAUCAUGCUGGCCAAGGAGCCCGACAUCCCAAAGGCCAGCCGUUUGUCGUGGAAUGCCGUUGGCGGCCCGGCUGCCGCAGCUAUGGAGACACAGACAAUGCCCGAAAUCAAGAUUCCGGUGGAGGUUGAGGCCACCACGAGGCCCAUUCGCCGGCCGGUGGAUGAGAAGUGGGCUGGAGAGGGCAGGGCCACGACCAAAGCCGGCAGGGUCUGGCCACCACCUAUGGUAUGCGACAGAUAAAGAGACACAGGGAGGGAGGGAGGGAGGGAGAGGGGAAGAGACAUGUGUCUGUCUGUCUGGUGUCUUUCUGUCAGGUGAGUCCUCCUUCGCAUGGCCCGGGGUUCCCCUGGGAUGGGCCGAAUGCAAAGCCUUACGUAGGGCGACACAGACAGACCAACAGCCUCGACUCAACUCAUCCAUUGGGCCUGGCUGGCUCUCUGGCUUGUUGAUGUGUGUGUGUGUGUGUGUGCGUGUCAGGGUUGGCCUGAUUCGAAGCGUGCUUUUCAGAUGAACGCCGUGUACCCCGCCUCCCUUGCUCGUAAGGAGACAGCAGACAGACAGACAGAGGAACUGACACCUCACUCUGACUGCUGUUCCUUUGGUGUGUUGGUGUUUGUGUGUGCUUCCGUCUCUAGCAACGGUCCAAGUGGCCAAACAUGUGAGAAGGAAAGCCUCACCAGAUCGACACACCCUUCCAGGAAGGCCUCUUCCCGUGCCUCUCCUCGUCUGUCUGUCUGUCUCACUGGCUGCAGGUGCCUGUUGGUUCGCUCACCCUUUUCGGCUCAAAGCCCCCUCACCCUGCUAAAGUGGUAACCAUGACACAAAUGGACAUACCCACACCAUGUCUCACCCCAACACACACACACACACACUUACAUGGCGUGCAGCCGUUCAUGAGCGAUGAGGCCAACUACGCCAGCUACCUCACCACCAGCUCCCUGGCGGCCUCGGCCUCACGUGACGUCCGCAAAACGGCCGGCCUCCCCUCGUGUGCAGUGGUGAAACCCGUGGCGGGCCCGUCUCUCGGCCGCACACACGUCAUUCGCCGCUCGCACGGCGUCGACAUGGCCGGGGGCACGCUGCAGCAUGACAUCUUCUCGCACAUGGUCGCUCGCUGACCCAUCGAUUCGCCAGGGGCAGAGGGCAAAAGGGAAAGGUUUGCUGGGCGGGGUAACUACCUACUGUGCUGGGCGUGACUGGCUGGUUUGUGGCUUGAUGCAUGUGUGUGUGUGUGAGCAAUGGGGUGUGGGGAGUUGCUGUUGAGACGGUCGGCAGGUGGUCGCGAGGCUGGCUAAAGUCGCCACUCGUGUGUGUAACUAACUGGACUUUGGGACAUACUGACUGACAUGACAUUUGUGUACGAGCACGAACUAUCGUCAAGAAUGAACUAAGU